GUGAAUGGGGACGACGCAAAUUUUGCGCCGCCUUAAAAGAUAACACGUUAGCUAGCUUGCUGGCUAACUUUCAUAGUUGCUAGUUUAUAUUUCUCCAAAAUUUGUCCCUAUCUGGUUAUAAAAAUAGAAGACAAUUACAAGUGAAGUACACGGACAGCACACCAUGGCCUCUCCGAAAAAGGGAGAUCUUUCUGCCGCCGAGAAGGAGUUAUUCCAGGUUAUAGCAGCAGGGAAUGUACAGGAAGCUUCACGAUUACUGGGAUGCAAGGAUGUGCGAGUAAACUGCUUGGAUGAGUACGGUAUGACCCCGCUCAUGCACGCGGCGUACAAGGGCAAGGCGGACAUGUGCAAGCUGCUCCUGCAGCACGGGGCGGACGUCAACUGUAACCAGCAUGAGCACGGCUACACCGCGCUCAUGUUCGCUGGGCUCUCAGGAAAGACCGACAUCACUUGGAUGAUGCUGGAUGCUGGGGCAGAGACGGAUGUGGUGAACUCUGUCGGACGGACGGCAGCGCAGAUGGCGGCCUUCGUGGGUCAGCAUGACUGUGUAACAGUGAUCAAUAACUUCUUCUCCCGCGCGAGGCUGGAGUAUUACACCAAGCCCCAGGGGCUGGAAAAGGAGCCCAAGCUGCCCCCCAAACUAGCAGGACCGCUGCACAAGAUCAUCAUGAGCACCAACCUCAACCCGGUGAAGAUGGUGAUGCUGGUGAAGGAGAACCCCCUGCUGGUGGACGUGGAUGCCCUGGAGAAGUGUUAUAGGGUGAUGGAUCUGAUCUGUGAGAAGUGUGUGAAGCAGCAGGACAUGAAUGAAGUGCUGGCCAUGAAGAUGCACUACAUCAGCUGCAUCCUGCAGAAGUGCAGGACUUUCCUCACGGAGCGAGAGGACAAGCUGGACGGACUCAUUAAGUGCUUAUUGAAAGGUCGGGACAGUGAUGGAUUUCCACAGUACCAAGAGAAGUUUAUUCGUGAAUGUAUCCGGAAGUUUCCAUACUGUGAUGCGACCCUUCUUCAGCAACUAGUCAGAAGUAUUGCUCCUGUGGAGAUAGGUAACGACCCCACAGCUUUUUCGGUUCUGACCCAGGCCAUCACGGGUCAGGUGGGCUUCAUGGAUGCUGAGUUCUGCACAACGUGUGGCGAGAAGGGGGCAGAGAAGAGGUGCUCCAUCUGCAAAAUGGUAAUUUACUGUGAUCAAGCCUGCCAGAAGCUCCACUGGUUCACACACAAAAAGGUGUGCAAGAAACUCAAAGAGCAGAGAGAAAAGCAGGAGGCGGAGUCGGCCAAGCUGAAGGAAAAACAGCUCAACGCAGAGGACAGCACGGCAAUAGAGGAUGCUAGCAGUUCCAUGCAGGACCUGUCUGUGGGGGAGGGGGAGGGAUCACCCUCCAGCUCCGCCCACGUCCAGGAUGACCCAGUAGUUUCCGAUACCAAUCCAGCCAAUCAGGAUUGAUUCUAUGUUUGGAAGCAGUGCUGCCCCCAGAUCCCCACACACCAGCGUGACAGUAGCCCCCCAGAGGACGAAUGGUCUGCGCAGAACAGCUCACGAGUCUGCUGGAUCUCACUCUGAGAGAGCACAUCCCGUGUUACAGGCUGUUCGGCUCCUCUGGGAACGGAGCACGGCUCCGUCGUGUAACACUGAUGGAAAAUCGGCACCAAAGCAUCGCAGCUCACCUGGACAUGAGGGACGGUCUGAGUCAACAGAGUGUGAACAUUAUCUCUGUUCAGCAGUUCUGGUUUACUUUUUCCACUUUUCCCACAUUGGCUAAGCUGGUGUACAGCUGGAUAAAUGGUAAAUCUCGCCAGUAAUUUAGGUACUUUCACUCUUUUUUUUGUUUGGUCUCUGCAGAAAUUAGAAGUAGGAUUAUUUUCCAAUGCUUUUUGAAUUCUAAAAAGCCCUUGUUCCUCUUCAGAACUGGCCUGCAUUGAGUUGAGUAUCUGAAUGAGGUUUGCCUUUUUCAACACAGUGUUUGAGGGUAGAUAAAGAUAAAGUUAAAUUUCUGGAAGACCACACUGGUCCUCUCUGAAGGUAAACUAUAUUUGAUAUUUACAAGCACAGUUGCAAUUGUCUGAUACAUAGCUAACUUUACAUUAUCAAGGAGCUCAUAAAUACUUGAUCAUGUAGCCUACAGCAAUGUAUGAAAGCCAAAUCAAAAGCCACUGCAUCACUGCUUGUCACUUAUUUUGAAUGACUAUUCAUUUUAUUUAUUUUUUUCUUACAACUUUUUGAAACUACAUGCAUCAUAAUUAAAAUGCAUUGAUAAAGAACAUAAUAUGGAGAUUCUCUGGGUUUGGAAAUGUGAAACAUUAAUGUUAAAAUAGGACAAUCGAUCAUUGUUAUGAAAUGUGCAAAUGUCUAUGACAACUGGCAUAAUAACAUUUCAUCGUAGUAUUGGAAAUAUUUAGUUUGUGGGUGUCUAAUAACCAAUAAAAAUCUAUAUGGAGUUUCUGUUGUGGAGGUUAGUCAAUUUUAUUCUU